CGCAGAAAGCCCGGUGUGACCCGGACAUGCAACCAGGGCCUGUUUUCUGACUGCAGCCUCCUUCCUGUAGCCCGGUUGAGGAAGUAAAUUUCGCUGACAGGGCUGGGUUGAGUGAGGGAAAGGCGAGCAAAACAUAUUCAGUGGGGGACUAAAAAAAGCAAUAGAACAACAAGAGGCGAGAGGAGUGAUUUGUUAAAGCACAGUAAAGUGAAGGUGUACAGUCGUCGGUGAAAUCGUGCUCCCCUGCCUCUCUGAGACCGCCACAGACAUGAAUGACCAGCAGCUGGACUGUGCUCUGGACCUGAUGAGGCGUCUGCCUCCUCAGCAGAUCGAGAAGAACCUCAGUGACCUCAUUGACCUGGUACCCAGUCUGUGUGAGGACCUCCUCUCCUCUGUUGACCAGCCCCUGAAGAUUGCCCGGGACAAGGUGGUGGGGAAAGACUACCUGCUCUGUGACUAUAAUCGAGACGGCGACUCCUACAGAUCCCCAUGGAGUAAUAAGUAUGAACCUCCCAUUGAGGAUGGUGCAAUGCCUUCAGCUCGCCUGAGGAAACUUGAGGUCGAAGCCAAUAAUGCCUUCGACCAGUACAGAGACCUGUACUUUGAGGGUGGUGUGUCCUCCGUGUACCUCUGGGACUUGGAUCAUGGCUUCGCUGGAGUUAUUCUCAUCAAGAAGGCUGGGGAUGGAUCCAAAAAGAUCAAAGGGUGCUGGGACUCCAUCCAUGUGGUGGAGGUGCAGGAGAAGUCCAGCGGUCGCACUGCUCACUACAAACUCACCUCUACUGUCAUGCUGUGGCUCCAGACAACCAAGACCGGCUCUGGUACCAUGAACCUGGGUGGCAGCCUUACAAGACAGAUGGAAAAAGAUGAGACAGUUGGAGAAUCCUCCCCCCACAUCGCCAACAUUGGCCGUCUUGUCGAAGAUAUGGAGAACAAGAUUCGCUCCACACUGAAUGAAAUCUACUUUGGGAAGACCAAGGACAUCGUCAACGGCCUAAGGAGUGUUCAGACUCUGGCCGACAAGUCAAAGCAGGAGGCUCUGAAGGUCGACCUGAUGGAGGCGCUCAAACGCAAACAGAACAGCUAGAGAUGCUGGUGUUGUCUUCUCUUCUCUCUAUCUCUCUGCCUCAUCUCUUUCAUCUGUCCUCUCUUUCUUUAUGUUUCCAUGCCUGUUUCAGUGUUGCACUCUUGUUUGUGUAAAAAAAACAAAAAAGGAGAAAAUGCUUAGCUACUGUUUUUUUUUUUUCCUGUUGUAUUUUGUUUUCACACAUGUCAUCUGCCAUAAAGCCAUUCACUCCUGCUCUAUCUCUCAUGUCAUGAAUAUAAUGAUAGUAUUACCAUGGUUAAUGCUAAUCUUACAGUGUGAGGGUCAUUGUAGUGAUAAUCCCCGACAUUCUCACAGCUGACGUGUCCUUGAACAGUUUGAAAUGUGGGACUUUGGUGGCCCUACUCUUCCUCCGUGAUGAGGAAACGGACACAGACUGUGCUGUAGGUGGUGUAGGCUUGGCAGGGCUGUUGUUGUUACAUACAUCAAACUUAGUUCUCGCACCUACUUUUGUCUACGACACCACCCUGAUAUAUUUGUAUGAAACUAUAACUGUCACUGUAUAACUGUCAUUCUUCUGGCCAAUGGAAACAGUGCGAACACGAAGGCAGCCUUCAUUUUCUGCUAGAAGGAUUUUACUUUUUAUUCCACUGUGUCCACAUGCAUGUGAGCCUGUGUGAGCACGGGCCUGCAGUCAGUGGAAACAUAAACCUAUCAAACAAGGGGAUGGACUGUUAUAAUCACACACUGUAUAACAUGACAGUUUACUUCCCCUCAGUUUAGCUUAUUCAACUCUUCUCUCACCUACUACGUCUUUGUUGGGAGUCACUGUUUGUCUUUGUGUCUCAGUCGAAACUUUUGACUGUUUCCAUUUUGGAGGGGAAUCUUUUGUUGAAUUUGUUUUGUUUUUAUUUUGUAAAGCUUAUUCAUAUUGUAUUAGAGCCUCCAGCAACAAUAAAAACAGUAAAAAGCUA